CAAAGAGCAAGGACGCGCCCACGAUGUUGCGCCGCAAGGGUUCCUCCCCAAAGUGGCUCGGGUCGACGCUGACGGUGGGGUCGACCCUCUCCUUCUCCUCUUCGUGUGAGCUAAUCCUCGAAAAGUCAGGCUCCUCCGCCUCCUGGUUCCCGAGACAGAGGAAGAAGCGGUGUGAGCCGCAGGCGCUCUGGACUCGCGAGGAGGUGGAUGCCGGCCAGGUUGAGGCGGAGAGGCUGGCCGCGGCAUCGGAGAGGGCGGCUGCGGAAGCCGUGCCGCCGUCGCUUGCCGAGCCGACGGCCGCUGAGAGCACCGAGCCGAUGCAGCAGGAGCAGGAGCAGGAGUCGCCCGACAGCGCGGCCCGCCGCUUUGCAGUGGAGCACGGGGUGCCGCCGUACAUCGUGCCGGCCGACCGCAUCGUCGCGUGGUCGCAGAGGCGAACCGCGAAGGGCUUGGAGGUCCACCUCGAGCUGGACCAGCCAUGCUCGCGCACGGUGGAGGUUUGGACGGUCUUUUGGGACACCAAGAUGUCGGGCGUCAUCACCAAGCGAGGUGAGUUUUGCGAAAUCAAGGGGGUGACGGCCGCGGCCGCGUUCCUCAAGGGGGUCAAGGUCAAGGCGACCAAGUUUGCGUGCCCCACCCUCGCGGGCGACGCCACGAUGACCAUCAGCGCAAAGGCACCGAUGAUGCCCGCCUUUCCGGUGCCCAUCAGCGCGGUCUACGUGCUCAACAGCAAGGGCGCGCAGAUGCGUUGGCUGAAAUCGGGGGGGAGCUCGGCGCGCGCCUCGGAGGAGGCCGCGUUGCACCGACUCUCCCACCGCUUCUCCGGCUACCUUGCUGCGCUUCCGGCCGUCGUCACUUGAUUCUCUCCGUUCUCGACCGCCUCCGUCUCCACGCCUACCAAGCUCUCUCGUUGAGUGGAGCGUGCGUCGCGGGGAGCGAUUGAUUGGCUCCUGUGCAUUAGCACUGGCUGCUGUGAACCGCAGUAUGGCCCACUGCCAGCGUGCGGUGUAGCGCUCGGUCGGUGCGCACCAACCAGCAGUGCAGCAGAGCUCUCUGCCCCUCUUCUUUCUCUCUCCGGGCGCGGGGCGGGCGCGCGCCCCGUGGCGGCGGCCGUGUGCCGCGACCCGCGUGCGGGGGCCUCUAUUUAACUAUUAACUAUUAGCGGAUAGCGGUAUUUAGUUCGUGAUCGCUACGUCGCCGUGUGCCGUUGUGCAGUGUAUAUACGGUUUUGACUUUCGAGUGGCUCGCCGCC